AUAUAAUAUUGAUAUUCUGAUCUUAUGCAGAUACUCGGAAGUGGCUGAGCUUCGAGAUUCGAGGCACCUCUAUAUCGAAUGCGUGAUAAAAACUCGGAUGCUAUCCCCACAUACUUUAUACGCAGCAUAUCUCGUGUUUGGAUUUACUGAAAAUCAUGCAAAACUUCACUCAGCGGUUUCGAUAAUCAGAAACUUUUGCGACGAAACGGGUUUAACUUAUCCCGAAGAACAAGUGAGGAUAGUUCACUUCGAGAGAGGCGGUGGUAGAAAAGAAGAUUGGUGGAUGGAAAUCGAGCUCGGAGAUUUCUAUGUGGGCCCCGGGGAAAAUGGAGAGGUGCAAGUUCAAUUGUUGGAUACGAGUGGAUAUUGGAAGAGAGGCUUAAUCGUUGAAGGUGUUGAGUUUCGACCUUUAACGCCUCGAGAAAUUAGAAGACAGUUACCUAUGGACUAUUCCGAUUUAACGCUUGAUCACACCGUGUGGAAAACGAUGCUUCCACCCGAUAAACGAGAAGUUGUAUGGAGAUCGGCUUGUUUGGUAAUAACUACGAACACAUUUUCCUGAUUCUUAUUUUAU